AUGACGAAGAUGUUUGAACCACAACUGGGUAGAAGUAUUGAAGUUUAUAUGGAUGAUAUGGUUGUGAAAAGUAAAGUAGUGUCCGAACACGUGGAAGACCUCACGAGUAUCUUCGGGAUACUGAGAAAACACAAGUUGCGCUUGAAUGCUUCGAAGUGCUCCUUUGGUGUAGGUUCCGGGAAAUUCUUGGGGUACAUGGUGACCCAUAGAGGAAUUGAGGUGAAUCCAGACCAGAUUAGGGCCAUUAACGAUUUGCAAGCACCUCGGAAUCCAAAAGAGGUGCAGAAACUGAUGGGGAUGACUGCCGCGUUGAAUCGGUUCAUCUCCAGGUCGGCUGAGAGGUGUCGUCCUUUUUUCCGCCUACUACAUAAGUGUCAAGGAUUUAAAUGGACUGCGGAGUGUGCUGAAGCGUUCCAGCAGUUGAAAGAUUACUUGUCCAGGCCGCCUAUCAUGUCUAGCCCUGAGGUAGAUGAGGUGUUGUAUGCUUAUUUGGCGGUAGCCCCUCAUGCAGUUAGUUUCGUCUUGAUACGAGAAGACAAUGGUGUCCAAAGGCCGGUUUAUUAUGUAAGUAAAUCCCUCCAUGAAGCCGAGGUGAGAUAUCUGUCGUUAGAAAAGGCUAUACUGGCGGUAGUUCAUGCAACACGCAAACUUCCGCACUAUUUUCAAGCCCAUACUGUGGUUAUCUUGACCCAACUGCCUCUCAAGUCCAUACUCAGAAGUGCUGACUACACUGGAAGAAUUGCCAAGUGGGGCAUGAUUCUGGGUGCUUUUGAUAUCAAAUACAUGCCUCGCACUUUUGUAAAAGGUCAAGUCCUUGCCGAUUUGGUGGCUGAAUUCGCUGAGUGCCCAGAGGAAGUUAAUAGGAAUCACGAUCACAUGGAUGAAAAAUUGGUUGGCCUAAUAUCCGCACAAGGAGAGUCUUUGUGGAAAGUGUACGUGGAUGGGGCCGCAAACCAACGGGGAGCAGGAUUGGGAUUGGUGUUGAUAUCCCCCGAAGAGGUCAUCAUCGAGAAGUCGUUAAGACUAGGGUUCUUAGCUACUAACAAUGAAUCAGAAUACGAAGCUUUGAUAAUGGGAAUGGGUAUGGUCCAUAAAAUGGGCGGAAAGUCAGUGAAGUUAUUCUCAGACUCGAGAUUGGUGGUCGGCCAGGUGAGAGGAGAAUUGGAGGCCCGGGAUCCGAGGAUGCAAGGGUAUCUGAACCGGGUUAGGCGUCUACGAACGAAGUUCGAGUCUUUUGACUUGUUGCAUAUUCCUCGAGGUGAAAAUACCUAUGCUGAUUUCUUGGCGACCCUUGCCACCUCCUCAGUACGAAAUUUUCCUCGGAUGAUUAUCGUCGAAGACCUGUGUUCCCCUACCUCACCAGAGAAGGAGGUUUGCCAAAUCAGACAAACUAAUCUGUCGUCAAGCUGGAUGGAUCCCAUAUUAAAAUUCCUUGAAAGUGAUGUAUUGCCCGACGAUAAGAUGGAAGCUGAGAAAAUACGAAGGAGGGCUCCUCGGUACUGGUUAUCCGAGGAUAAAAAGUUAUACAAAUGGUCCUUCUCUGGGCCAUACCUGCUCUGUGUGCCUCCUGAGACAGUAGAGUCGAUACUGGAGGAAUUGCAUGAGGGCAUUUGUGGGAGCCAUACAGGGGGAAGGUCUCUAUCAUGUCGAGCCCUCACACAAGGUUAUUGGUGGCCAAAUAUGUGGAUGGAAGCGCAGGAGUACGUCAAGAAAUGCGAUCAGUGUCAAAGAUAUGCUCCGAAUAUCCACCAACCGGGAGGAGUUCUUAACCCUUUCUCUAGCCCUUGGCCUUUUGCGCAGUGGGGGCUAGACAUUGUCGGCCCUUUUCCUAAAGCCAUAGGAAACAAGAAAUACCUACUGGUCGGCACAGACUACUUCACUAAAUAG